GUCGUCGUCGUAGAUUUAUUGAUCGCAUCUGCAAUAAAGAGUCUCAGCUGUUCGGGUUGUGAUGCCGAUAUUCAUGCAUAUCGGCGGGGUGCGGGCGCGUUUUUUAAGGUUAUUGUGAUUAGUGAACCGCACUUGUAUUGUUGUUACACUAGUUUUUCGCCAGGCCGGGUUUUGGGGCAUGCCGGCAUCAUACAUGCGGUAUAAAUAAAAGUGCUGAUGGGAGAACCGUUGAUAGUCGACUGGCGGCAUUCAAAUGGUGAAGAAGAGUGAUAAUUUGCUUCAGCAGAGUAGCUGAGAUUGGAGUCUGUUCGUGCCUUGUAGGAUUAGUGGUGAAAGAUAAAUAGUUGCUAAGCGAAAAGAAUACCAACUCAAAUAUGAUAUCGUACGUAGUAAUAGCGACGCUGCUAGUGUGUGCAGCAGCGAAACCUCAAAAUCAGUUUGGUGCCAGAAACUUCAAUCAGCAGAACCAAGGGUAUAACCGAAAUCUACAAGUACAACCACUGCAACAACAGCCGCAACAGCAGCAGCACCAUCAACAACAGCGACAUCACUCGCAGCAACAGUCUCAUCAGGUUCAGCAGCAGCAUCAACAAUUUAAUCAACACCAUCGGCAAUCACAGGCAUUGAGGGCACCUGUCCUUCCGGUCCAACAACAACCUCAGACGCAAUUCAGUCAGCGAUUGCAGCAACCCUUCCCAAGUCCCCCGAGACCCUUCGUACCGAUUACCUCAUACAACAACGACGUAUCGUAUGAUGGUUCCUAUUCGUACGGUUACACGACUGGCGAUGGUCAGCAGCAGCAAGCUCAAGGCUACCUGAAGAACCCCGGCCUCAAGGAUCUGGAGGCCCAAGCAGUGCAGGGCUCGUACUCGUACACCUCCCCCGAAGGCCAGCUCAUAACGGUGACAUACAUUGCUGACGAAAAUGGAUUCAGGGCAGAGGGCGCUCAUCUGCCAACGCCACCUCCGAUCCCCGAGGCGAUUCAAAAAUCCCUGGCCCUGAUUGCGGCAACCCAGCCGGUCUCGCAGAAGUUCAGCCAAGCCUACAGCCAGCAACCGUUCGGAGCCAAUCAGAACUAUCAGAAUCGGUUUGGCUAGAUGGGCGGAAGAUUUAGGACGGUAAACAGAAUGGAUUGAUGGAAUGCGUGACCUAUUGCGAUACAUGUUACAACACUAACUCCCGUGGUAGUUACCGAGAUCUAGCAACAUACUUAACAACUGUGUAGAAGAGGUACAGCUGUAGCAGCAGGAAUGAAGCAAGAACUCAUGGUGUGAAUACUUAUCUUCCGCAGCAACGAUACCAAUGUUAAUUUCUAGUAAGCAGCGAUGACUGUUAAACAAUUAGCCAAUUUUAUGUUCAACUUUACAUUUGUUAUUGUACAUAAAUCCCUCAGAAGGCUUUGCGUCUACGUUAAAUAGUUUCUUUAGGGUUUAAGCGCAAAUACGAAUUAAAAUAUUAAUUCAACUGGAA